GCCAAGAGGAGAACAUUUAAGGAAGCCGAGUUGUGCAACAAUUGAGGGAGAAAAUUAUAGGAGAGGAGUAAAAAAAAAAAAAAAAAAAAAAAUCACGCGCGUAUUUUUCCCAAUGCAGUCCGCUAAGCGCAGUUUAGCCAAAUUGACGUGUACCUCUUUUAUUUUUCCCUCCGUUAGCUACUCACUCACUCCCCCACCACGUAUGUUCCCCACUCGUGAGAGCUAUGCUUUGAGGUAGAAGCAUGUAUCGCGCGUCAAGUUGCCUAAAACUGCUCUGCACUGUAUGCGCCGUGACGUUUACCCUCCUGCUUGAAUGCCACCACUGUGCGUAUGAGAAGGCGGCUAAAAAUGUAGACCUCUUUUCCGAGGCGCACGAGCUGCUUGACCAGGGCGAGUACGCGAAGUCGUUCGCCUUCCUGAGGACCUGCGUGCACUAUGACAUAAGGUGCCUAACCCUAAGCGGCGUGUUCUACUACCUGGGGCUGGAGCCCGUGGAGAGGGACGCCAGCAACGCGCUGUACAUAUGGAAGGUGUGCGCGGACUACGGGAGCGCAAAUGCGCAGUUCUACCUGGGAAUUAUGUACUCGAAUUAUUUCUCCCUGCCUAACUUGUAUUCCUACUAUGUGGAGGAGCCGCAGAUAGAAGACACCUUCAUUUUGCGGAGAGUGUACCUCCACUUGGAAGGGGCUUCUUUAAAAAGGAGCGUGAUUGAGUGCUUACGAGGGGGGGAUGUUAAAUGUCAGAUGUGGGAGAGAGACCAAGGGGAGCAUGAAAACGACCCCAGUGAGGAUGGAAAGACCUUUCGAACACCCCCAGUGGUGACACUCACAAAAAACAACAAACUAAUUGUUAAGAUAAAAAAUAUUAGAUACAACACAGAUGAGUUGGAGUGGUAUUUUGACAGUAUAAAGAAUUUCCCCAAUAGAGAUUACCUCGAAAAGAAUGGAAAGAAAUUAAAUUUCACCCGAAAUCAUAACUUAAGUUUGCUAUACUUUUACAGUAGCAGUUUGGCUAACCACCCAGGGGGGAUCUUAUCCCUAGGAAUACGAUACAUGAAUGGUUAUGGGGUUGAGAAAAAUUGCGAAACUGCAUCUAAGUACUAUCUGAAGCUAACAAACGGGAUCAUCAAUGCGGAUAGUAGAACCCAUUUCGAAAUGGCUGACUUGAUAAAACUAAACAUACCACAUUAUGAUCAGUACAAUAUGAAUAAUAAAAAAAUAAAAAAUAUAGAAGUGUUCCUAGAAACGUCUCUACAUGAUAACCACAAAAUUUUGACGAUGAUCGCUCGUAGGUACCUCAUAGGAAUAGAUGGGGUUGAAAAGAAUUACAAAAAGGCGUUCGUCUAUCUGACGAAGGCAGCUAGGUAUGAUAACUCCGAGGCGAUAUCAUUACUAGGCUAUAUGCACCUCCUAGGGUUAGGAGUACCAGUCAACUAUAGCAAAGCUACCGAUCAUUUCAUUAGGGGAAAUAAAUUAAACGACCCUUUGAGUUAUAAUGGACUAGGGUACAUACACUUCUUCGGGUUAGGCAAUUUUAAAAAGAACCCCCAGUUGGCAUUUUACUACUUCGAGUUAGCUGCGAAAAGUAGCUUAUCAUCUGCACAGUUCAAUUUAGCCUGCCUGUAUUUAAGCGGCGUAGGAGUUACACAGUCUUUCCAUAACGCCUUCUACUGGUUUUAUAAAUCGCUAAAUAAUGGAAAUGUUCUAGCGGCGUACAUCAUAGGGUUUAUGAACUACAAUGGGAUCAUCAGCAAUAGAAACUGUAGAGUCGCUUUGUCUCUACUCGCCAAGGUGGCUGAAAAUAACUCCUUCAUCUUGAGCACCUCCAAUAGAAUCAUUAGGUAUACAGAAAAGGGCAGAAUGAAGGAGGCCCUCUUCCUCAUGGCGCAACUCGCCGAAACGGGCAACGUGCAGUCGCAAAUUAGCAUAUCUCAAAAUAUUAACAACCCCGAUUUUGCUCUCUUCCUACCCCCCAAUGAGAAGGCGAAGAAGGUUUAUGCCAGCAGGUUCCUCGCCAUGGCUUCAGAGAACAACGACUUCAAGUCGCUCUUCACGCUUGGCGAUUACGCCUACCAGGGGCACGGCUUGUACGUCCGCAUAUUCCCCAAGAAUAGUUUGCCCUUUGACGCGCUCUACGAUGUGAACCGAGAUGAGUGCCUCUUCCGCGCUGGGAAGGUUAAGAAGGAUAAGCAGAAUGGCGAGGCGAAGAAGGGUAAGCAGAUUGGCCAGGUUGAGAAGCAUAAGCAGAAUGGCCAUACAAAAAACACCACCGCAGAUGAAAGGCCGAGCGAGGCCACCCCCCCGGACGAAAUCAUCUCCGCGGACCUCGUUGACGAACAGGGCCUCAUCUUCAACGACCGCUGGCGGUUCAACUACGGAUUCAAGUUCUCCUUCAACGAGGUGGAUUACCACCUGGCGUACCACCACUACAAGAGCAUUAUCUCCUACUACCCCAAUAACUUUUACGUGAUUCAAACCAUAUCUCAGGCCUGCUACAACUUAGGGUUCAUGCAUUAUUACGGCAUAGGGGUGGCCAAGAACAUUCAGAAGGCCCUCGUCUAUUUCAAUUCCUCUAUUAAAAUCUACCCCACGCAUAAGGCCCCCUCCGUUUUGUUUGUCCUCUAUAUAAAGUUUAACAAGCAUUUGUAUAAUUUCAAGAAGAAGUUCCAGCACCUGAAGGGGUUCUUGCCCCUGUGAAGGGGGGAAAAAAACCAAGAAAAGGGAGAAGCGCCACGAGGUUUCUAGGAGGCGGCACAAAAAUUGCGACACUUCGACAGUGAGUAUCCCAUUGGGGCCCCCCUUUCCCAUGUGCAACCCAAAACCCACUUUGUCGCUACCUUUGC